UUGCGGUCUCAGUGCGCUUGGAACACACAACGUUUCACGCAUGUCCCCAACAAUUUACAAUAAUUUUCAUUAUUAAAAUAAUGUACUCGGCAUUCUUCGUCCAACAGUUCGGAACAGUUCGAAAUUAGAGAGUUCAAUCUUGUUAUUAUUAGUUCUUGAAAAAAGACCACGGUGUGAAAUAGGCGGAUGAUUUUGUGUGUUAUUGACAAUGGCAGAUACAACUGUUGAUGCUACUCGACGAUUAAAUGUAAAAAAACAAACCCUGGACGAUGCUUACGCUGCGCCAGCUAAUUUUUUGGAAAUAGAUGUAAUUAAUCCCAUUACUCAUGGUGUCGGCAAAAAGCGAUACACUGAUUAUGAAGUUCGAAUGAGGACAAAUCUUCCCGUUUUCAAAGUUAAGGAUUCUAGUGUGCGAAGAAGAUAUAGUGAUUUUGAAUGGCUUAGAAAUGAAUUAGAACGAGAUAGCAAAAUUGUAGUUCCCCCAUUGCCUGGGAAGGCUUGGAAGAGACAAAUGCCCUUUCGAGGGGACGAUGGUAUUUUUGAAGAAGAUUUUAUUGAGGACCGCAGAAAAGGUUUAGAAAUGUUUGUAAACAAAAUAGCCGGACACCCGUUAGCACAGAAUGAACGAUGUCUUCAUAUGUUUCUACAAGAAUUAAUUAUCGACAAGAAUUAUGUGCCUGGAAAAAUAAGAAAUACAUAAUCUAUGAAGAGGAUUGUCAAUUUCUAGCAAUACUUUUCUUAAAUUUUGUUAAAGUUGUUAAUAAUAACGAUGAAUUCUUUUUAUUAAAGAUAUCCAUUAAUUGUAAAUUUAAUUGAUAGUCUCUCUCUCUUUUUAUUAUCUGAUUGAAAAUAUAGCAUUGAAUUUUUAUAAUCAAAUAUAAAUGCAUGUAAUGUAUUUCAAUAUUUUAAUCUUUAAAGGAGGUAGUGUAUUUUGGAAAACAUAAUCAUCAUAAAUAUGUAAGUGCUUAAUAAUUCCUUAUAUUAUAUGUGUAUUAGUUAAUUUAAAGCAAUUAUAUUUCUUUGUAACAAAGGCAAAAAGGAAAAAAAAAUUACCAGGCCCUUAAGUAUGUUUAUAAUUUGCUGUUAUAAAAUAUUUAGUGCCUUAAUUAAAAAUAAUCAUGUUUGCAAUAUUGGUAAUAUUUUCCAAUUUAUGUUAAAACACUUUGGAUACUUUUUUCUAGAUUUUAUAUGUCUGUACAUAUUUCUCCUGUAAUAAAUGUCAUAAUGUGAAUCGGAA